GAGCACAUCCGCGCAGCAUACUGAUCUUAUCAAACGCGUUUAGGCAGCAUGAACUGGCAGGACUGAUAUACAAAGACUUUGAGAAGUGACCAGUACAACAGUUUUAUAAGAAACUAUGUUCAAAAUGAAGGAACUGCUGGUGGCGACAUUCUUGAUCAUGUUGUCCACGUCCCUUCAGAAAGAAAGUCCUGAUGAUGUAAGUCCAGCAGAGGUUUUUCUUGCAAACUCCAAAGUGAAGGAAGGUCAAGAAGUGAAAUUUAAGUGCAAAGUUACUGAUGUAAGAACACAGAGGGUUUAUGUGCACCUCUGCAGGAAAGGUGCCACAAUGAAGACAGCUGAGCUGGGAGAAAGUGAAGAUGAUAUAAUGUUUGUUUUUGACAAAGUUACUGUGAAAGAUUCAGGCGUGUACACCUGCGUUUAUUCGGUGGAGAAAGACGCUGCAUGUAAGAUGAAUAUAACAGGACGUAACUCAGUCUCACUGGACGUUUUUGACAUUUUGCCAGCCAAGAUUACAGGAGCACAGAGUUCUUUAAGAGAGGGUGAAGACCUGACACUGACAUGCAGCAUCACAGGACAUCAAAGCUGCACUGAAGUCUAUGUUUACCUGUGUUUAAAUGGAAUCGGGACGAGCACCAGGACAGUGAACUGUAGCAUUGACUCUAUUACUACCACAUUCCUUUUAAAUAAUGUUAAACAGCAACACUCUGGUAACUACAGCUGUGUGUAUUCGACUUUUAAUUACUCUCUCAAUGAGGUGAGAACGACUGGAGAAAACUCAAUCUGUGUUGAAGUGCAUGGCCUUAUAUCUACAGAUGGAGGGCUGUCUAAUGCUAUAAUACUACUGAUUGUUGCAUUAGCAUUUGUGCUGGGAAUGUUUAUAUUUUUUUGGUGCCGAGACAUUAUUACAAUAAGAUUGUGCCAGAAUCCUGACACAAGUGCCAGUCCAGACAGUGACCCGUACUACUGUGAAAUAACCCCAGGUGCACAUCCUGUGGAUCAAAGUGAUCAGCCAGGUUCAGCAGGACAGCCCUGUCACACUGUGAACGUUGCAUAUGCCACAGUACAAAAACGCAAAGGAAAGGAAGGAAAAACCACAGAAAGUUUUAACUCCAGCAGUGAAACCCCUGCGGCGUACAGCUUAGCGCAGUGGUGCGAGGAGAUGACUGAACAGCCGGCAGGUUACUAGGCUGAAAUACACUAAACAAGCAACAUGCA